GAGAUAGAAUGCUCCACCCCUCGCGUCUCCUAGCAACGGCUUGGCGCUCGCGACUGGAUGCUGUAGGAGCUUCCCACAACCGCUGGGAAUUCUCCGGCAUCCUGGAGCUCUCGGAGCACCAUUGAGUCGCCCGAGGUCGCGCCAGAGCGAGAUGGCGUUGACCGGCCUUUCUUGCCCUUUGGGCAUUUCUUUCCUGCUGGUAGUUCUGACGCUGGUCCUGUCGCAGGACAUCGACAUCCCGGUCUGCAGCUAUGAAUUAAUAGAGACUGGGAAGAGUGACCAUGUUAAACACUACCUAAUAGAGGAUGUCCUAUAUUAUGCAUAUAAAGACCCACAAAUUAUUAAGCAUCCAUGUAACCAAAAGAUGGCUCUGUAUAUGGGAAUUAAACUUUUUUUAACUAAAGAUAAUUUUCGUAGAAGCCUAAUUCCACUUAACAUUCCCUACACAUUUCAGGUUGGAAUUCCAAAAGUAACAGCAGCUAUUUUUUCUUCUUCAAAAUUAUUAUUAGCAAUAAAUGGAAAUGUCUUUGGCUAUGAUUAUGAAGAUAAUACCUGGAUUGCUAUUCUAGACACAAAAGAAUACCUUGCAAAUAUUUAUGCAGAGUAUUGUUGCUAUAGUGAUGAUUACUCUUGCACAUCUGUAAGUAAUCUUGUUUUAGCAUAUGCCACUGGAGAGCAUGUAUCUCAAGCACACGUAUACUUGUCAAAAAGUCUGGGAUUUCACUUUGAAAAAUUAGAGUUACCACAAAUGAAAACCCUUAAUGGAAUUUUGGAAGGUUUCUUUUUCUUUCAUUCCUUGUCCAAAUAUGCAAUGCUCUUAAGGAACGGUAAAGUGGGAAGGUUUGUUUAUACAGAACCCCCUCUAAAUGAAAGCUGGGGAAUGCCUUUUGAGAUGUCAGGACAUAUUAACAUCAUAAAUCUUCCAGGUUUAAAAGGUUACUUGAUUCUCUGGGAUGAAAAACACCUGUUUUUCACAAAUAACUGUGGUCAGCUUGUGGAAGAGAUUCCUAUUAAAAAUGAUAAGGGCAUUAAGUACGAGUCCCUUGCACAUUCUCUAAACCAAGUCUCCAGCAUUACUGGCUUUGAAAAUGAAUUGGCACUUUUAACCAAGAGUAAAAAGUUUUUUUAUGGCACUCUGGGAUUGCUAUCAACUUCUCUAAUUGAUAUUGAAGAUGAUGGCAUUGGGCUCCAAAAUGCAGCAAUAAUGUUUGAAAGUGUUGGAAAUAUUCUUAUAGUAGUUCCAGAACACUUCCAACAAUCCCCAGCCUUUGAUUUCACUAUAUGUCCAGUGAAUGUCCAGCAUUUGCUCAUGGAUCUUGAGAUUGGCUUAAAAACUUGCAAGGCAGAAAUUUUGCGUGGAAAUUUUAAUAAAAAACUGUUUGUCCUAGACAUGAAUGAAACCUUGAAAUUGUCUGCUACAUUGGUGCCCCAACCAUCCCAAUCACCAGUUCCAGUGAUAACUGUCAGUAAUCCUCACUCUCUUGGGUUCAAAGUAAAAAUGUACGAAGAUGGCUAUACCUAUGAUGGAAACACAAUAUUUACUCUAAACAUUUUCCUGAUGCAGCAGCAUGUCUCAGGCCGGGCUCAUGGGAGCUUCGUUUCCAACAUAAAGACUGCCACUUUAUCCACUAUUACUCUGGAUUUAAUUGACAGAGGAAUGUCCUGUAUUGACUUACAACCUCAGAUAGGUCUCAUUUCCAUUGGUUGUAACUGGAACAAAAGAAUCAUCAUUCGUAGGGAUCUAACUGCAUGUAUGAAAAAUUUCCUGAAUCCUGAAGAGCUAGAGAAUAAUUAUACCUAUAUCCUUGAAAAGACAUCAUAUGAUGGUAGCUUUCAUUCCCGAAAACAGCCAGAUAAUAAGGACCUUAUUGUGGAUUAUGAUUAUGAGAGACUGGGAUGUCCACUCCUGGUAUAUUAUAACAGUCCAUGGAAACCAGUGAUUGAACUGUGGAAAGAAUCAGAUUUUGUGGAAGUUGUUAAAACAGAAUUUAUUCUAAUAGAACGAAAUGGAUUAUUUACUUACAACUAUUCCCUGACCGUUGGCAAGGCUUUGUGCAAAUCACAAGCUCAGAGUUGGUCUUCUAUGAUAGAUGCUUCUUCUACAAAAGAUUUGAAUGCAUGGAAUAGAGAGAAUUAUGUCAACUGCCAUGAACACAAUGAAAAUGUUCCAUUGCUAUCGCCUCAAGCUGAAUACCAGAUUCUUGGGGGCUCGUCAUCUAAUAGUAUUAUUUUUAAUCAAAGAAAUGGGAUUUAUAUUUUUCUCCUGCGUAUUGUGGAUCCCUAUUAUAGCUACUGUGAUUUGACUACUGUCUUCAGUGUAUAUGUCUAUGGUGCUUUCCCAAAACGGACUUUACCCGAAUAUGUAGUUGCCCUGUUGAUAAUAUGUUUCAUGGUCUUUUUACUCUGGUUUGGAUAUGUCAUUCCAAAACUGACAAAAUCAAAUUAUGGAAACAGAGUUAAAUUAUUUUGCCAGAAUUUAUGCCCCAAGAGUAAGAAAAAAGCAGUGAAAUUUCAUAUAGAUAAGUUAAAGAAAUAAGGCAUUCAAAUACAUGAUUGUUAUUUUUAUUAAAAUAUUAUAGGGAAAUGUUAUUACAA